AGCAUUUUGUAACAGAGUGGCAACACUGUAACUGAAAAGCCAACUCAGCUUCUAGUUUGUACAUUUUAUUUUGAGUUUGUGAAACAACUGAAAUUCUUUAUUAAAAAUGAGCAGAGCCCAACAGCAAAACGAUGAGGAUGUCAACUCGGCGUUGUUUGAUGCACGCAAUGAGUAUUAUAUAGGCAAUUUCAUGGGCUCAAUUAACUUUGUGUUGCCUGAACAAGGAACAGCAGGUGCCGAACUUUUGUCGUACAUGUAUUUAUCAUAUUUGGCUAUCGAUUCCGGUCGCAUCAUUGCGUCGGACAUCAAGGAGAAUACAACGACCCCGCUGUUGGCAUUACGUCUCGUGCACGAGGCCUUUGAGCAGCCAUCACGCACCGAGGAGCUGCUCGAGAAACUCACAGACAAAGUGGCUGGCGAUGAGGAUGAGUCCAACAUCUGGCACAUUGCCACAGCCAUCGUUUACUGUUACGAUGGACAGUUUGAGAAUGCUCUGAAGAUAUUGCAUGGCUCGAACAAUCUUGAAUCGAUGGCAUUAUCUGUGCAGUGUCUGUUGCGCUUGCAGCGCGUUGAUCUGGCCAAACAGCUGGUGACCAAAAUGCAAGAGAUUAGUGACGAUGCAACACUCACACAGCUGGCACAAGCUUGGGUUGCUUUGGCACAGGGCACUGAACAGAUGCAAGAUGCCUUUCACAUCUACCAAGAGUUCUGUGAAAAGUUCAAGCCAACUCCAGCGCUGCUUAACGGCCAGGCAGUCGUUCAUUUGGGCCUGGAACGUUAUGAGGAGGCGGAAGCUGUAUUGCGUGAAUCACUGACCAAGAAGCAUAAUGAUUACGAUACAUUGAUCAAUAUGAUGGUACUCGCACACCUGACGGGCAAAUCAACAGAAACAAUCACACGUUACUGGGAGCAGUUGCGUCAAUUCUAUCCAAAGAGCGAUUUUGUGGUGGACCUGGAUAAGAAAUCCGCUGAGUUUGACCGUCUGUGCCUGGAGUACGAACCGAGCCGCGAGCAGCUGCUUGCAGUUUAAAAAAAUCGAUUCCCAAUUUAUACAUUCAUUUAUAAAACUAU